AUGGAGCCAAUAAGUGCCUUGGGUGCAGCUGGCUCAGUUGUAGGAAUAGCCAGUUUUGGCCUUCAACUCUCGCAAGUGCUUUACCAGUUCACGACCCAAGCAUUGGCUGCUAAAGAGAGCCUCCACACCAUCCUCAACGGAAUCGACGCGACAAGUCGUGCGCUUGAGUCCGUUCAUGGUUUCUUAGCAGAAGAGUGUAAGCACCUUGAAGAGAAGGGACAGGCAAUUUUAUUCUCGGAAAAAGCGAUAACAGACGUCAAGGGGACAGCGGACAAGUGCCUGAUCAUAUUCUGGAGAAUUGAAGCCGCAAUCACGAGUAAAAAGACUGGUUCCAAAUUCGAAAGUACAUUGAUAGAGAGACUGGAGCUUUUCAACGCCGCGCUGUGCAAGGAACAGCUUCAACCGGUGUUUCCGGACCCAGAGCUGACGAAGCUUUCUACUUGGGGACGCAUCCGUUGGACAUACAUCGCUCCUAGACUGGAUCAGUUCAACAGUCAGCUACAGCUUUUGCAGACGAAUCUGGUGUUGAUGUUCCAGGUGAUCUCCCUAGGUGUACAUCGCAGGAGACCAAAUCAGAGGGAACAAGACCUCAGAAUUCUACUUGACAUGUACUCUCGGAUACAAAGAAUGGCGCAGCAGGCAGAUCUUUCUCAGAUUGGACAAAGGCGGUCGUCUAAAGUCAAUGAGCAAUUGACUGGUUUUGAGCGACCGAGACUUGAGAGUCCAGUCCCAGCACGCGAUAGCCUACACCCUUUUCUGUCGCGAGACCCUUUUCGGAGGCUCAGUCUAUCUCCACGGAGGCGGCAACUCAGUCCAGCAGUCUCAGGCGGGGCCCAUAUUAUGAAUACUCCAAAUCAAGCUUUGGCUCACCCUGGUGAGGAGUUGAGCGGACCAAGUCGUGGAUUUGACUCGGGAAAUGUCGGUGCAUUGCCAGACUUGCAACAUAGCUCGAGUAAGAAGGGUAAAGGGAAAGAAAAACUGCAGGUUGGGAUGAACAAGGAGGCUGCCGUGACCAGCGGCCAUUUGCCAACAGCCACGAAUCAACAGGGCGAUUCAGCCUCCGCCUCGACCAAUGAGCUUACAAUGCGCCACUUGUCAAGCCCUAUAACACAAAGUCUUAAUGCCUCAAGACCUGUAGAGAGGCUUUCGGAGCCAGUUCCGGAGGAUGAUGGGCUGACUCGCAGGGGACGGGAAGCUCAAGCCACAAGCAAACCAGCUCUAGUCACAGCAGGUUCGAGUUUGUCUCCGAAGGACGAGCAACCAAUCGCCGAUGAGACAAAGAUUGUUGCUGCUUCAAACUCAGAGUCGGACCAGAGAGUGCCUAAAGCCGCUGAGAUGGUACCAUCAACUAGCCCGUCACCCAAAUCGGGAGUCAGCAUUCAGGUGGAAAAUGGAAAUAUUGUUGAGUUUUCUAGUGAUGAGACUGUACCUCAGGGUUCAGACUAUCCCUCUCCAUCGAUAAAGCCUUCAGCCAUUGGUGUCCCAGAGAUCAUCGAGAGCACUCCAACUCCCACCAGCAACACGAAUAGAGCAUUUAUUUGGUACAAUGAGCGCAGCCAGCAAGCAUCUGACACAGCCGUUGAUCGGUCAACUCGCAAUCACAGUGAUCCUCCCAACAUCAAUUCCCAAAACGACGAUCAGCACAACGGGCCUAAGUCAAAUCCAAGCAGGCGGAAUCGAUCACCGAAACGCCAGGAAAGUGCGAGUAUACUCGAAGAACUUUCAUAUGAGUUCCAAGCUAGCACUCCAGAAAGAAGAGCCAGCAGUAUUGGGAGUCGUCGAAGCUUCUACGACAGCGUCUCACAAAUAACGAAAACCUCUGGCAAUCGGAAGGAUUCAAACAGAAUUCUGUCGCGAAUGAAGACACUCUUUAACAUGGAUGCGGCUCAACCAGAUCCAUUCAUCAGCGCAUUUUUUAUCAAGGAUGGCGAAGCCCAUCAAGUUCCCUAUUCAGGCACACUCAAGCUAUCCCAGGCCAUGAUGCGAAGUAUAGAGUGUCAAUCAUCAGAACAGCCAUGGCACAAGACCUUCGCAUUCAUGAAUUCCGAUGACCUUACCGCUCUCCAGAACAUCAUCAAGGAGGUUGGGUCUGAUGGGGCUCGCAAGAUUGUCGACCUUAAGAAGGUCCGCGAGAAUCGAAGCAAAUUCUGGAGGUCUGGAGUCUACGUAUAUUUUGCUGUAGUCAGAGACUUCCCUCCUGAAGCUCCAUCGAUGGCAAGCAGGUCUCGCAGCUCUACAAGUCGCAAUCAAUCCCAUAUAGGAGAUAAUCUAAAUCAUGGACGCAGACGACGCUCAAGUGCAGCCACAAAUUAUCCAUGGAUUCCUCUAGGCCCUGCAAUGCAGCAGUCAGGUCAGCCACCUUCUCAUGCGAUAGACAACAGCCAGGUAGUGGCUCAACCCGUAGCAACAGCUCCAAAUGUACCUGCACUACCUCAAGCUUCGGAGCAAGUUCGAAGCGGCCAAGCCGAGGGCCAGAACCCUCAGCCCAGUGGGAGGGCCAUGGCGUUUGUACCUCCUCCUCCUCCUCCACGACCAGCACAGCCAAUUCCUCCUCAUAAUCCCACCACUAAUGGUCCUCGUCCUCCUCCUCCUCCACCAGGGCAAUUUAGGCCUACUCCCAUGUCCUGGGGGCCACCACAACCUGGUAUUCUUCCUCCACGGCAGCAGUCGAUGAAAAUUCAGGACAUCUCGCCUCCUCUUCUACUAACUGAGGAGGUUUGCACUAAAAGGCUUACGACCUUUAAAUUAUUCACAAUUCACAGAGCGCCUGUCAAAGAGAAUGAAGCCAAAUCAACUUGGAACCGAGCACAAGUGAUCCAGGAACAAUUCGCCCAGGCGGAAAUUCAAAUGCUAAUGAACAAGCUCCAUGAAAAGUCUCUACCAGUGACAGAGAAGAAGGCAGCACUUAGACGAGAUCAGCAAGGUCAGGUCACGACUAUAAUGGAUGACCUUGCGUCUCAAGAGCAUGAUGCUAAUUUCCAUUGGGUUCUGGCGCAACUUGAUGUCAGAGCAGCUGAUAUGGAUGGGAAGGGGCAAGGCAAGAAGCCAGCCCGAGAGGAUGUUAUCAUUCUACUCUUCGCCAAGCGGACUCCAAUCCCCGAGGUCAAUCCUAUUACCCUAUAUCAGAUCUUGGAAAGAAUGAAGGCCACUCGGUUACAAGGCCCACCGCCACCACCUCAACCGCCAAUGCAACCAACACAACCGAAGCCCAUCUCGAUAAUGCAGCAACAACAGCCAACGCAACAAGGAGGCUCAAAGUCGAAAACAGUUUCAAUGAGUAAACCGAUAAGUUCAGUUUUGAACAAGAAAAAGAAAGCACGAAAAGACGAUUCUAGCGACACUACAAUCAGUGACUCAGACUCCAGUAGUUUUACGAGUUCUGAUUCUUCUACAUCAAUGACCACUAGAUCUGGUGAGGCUCGCAGUCAUCGAUUUAGAAGCAAGGGGUCAAGUCGCAGGAGGGAUUCCAGGUACCGGUCGAGAGAUAGGUCAUUGUCCCCCCGACCAUCCCGGCAUGACUUGUUUGACACUGGGUUGUCCCGCAGAGGCGACUUUGACCCUAUUGCUUCAGCAUAUCAAGCUGGCAAAGAAGAUGCUACAACUAGCAGGUACGGCAAUUCGUACAGUUCACAGUAUCCGUACCGUACAGAGACCAUGGCUCGGAACUACGAUCGAGAAGAAAUCUCACAGUUGGAUCGCUAUAUUCCAAACGCACAUAGCUCGGAUCGCCCCAUAUCAGGACAGUAUGACCCGAUUAUUGAAUAUCAUGACCGUCCGCUCGUGGCACGUCGCUACCCUGUCCCUGAUAGCUCAUACGAUGCCUACGAUCCAAUCGUUGGGUCUCGACAAACCUACCCUCAGCAUCCCAAACCUGGAUAUGCUACCGAUGCAGAAAUCGUAGCUCGCCGAGGCACUCAAUAUCAGAACAGAAGUUCGGAUUACUCGCGUGUAACAGGUGUCGAUAGCUACCCAAGAAAUUAUGACAACAAGCCAUACGAUCCACGGUUGCCAGGCGAGAGGGGUGAGGAGACGGGCCGAGAUAGUAAUGAUAUCGUUCAGCAACUCCUGCUCGAGUGGACACCUCAGGAUACCAGUGAAGACAAAGCGAACGGGGUCAGAAAUGAACAUUGUGGUGCGGACGGCAUCCCUAAUGAACAACCAUCUAUGCAAAAUGAAAAAGAGCUUAAUGGACACCAAGGUACCAGGAUCCCUGGUGGAGAGGCUUCAAAGAAACCAGACGUCAGGUCUCGGCAAACCACUGUCGACGACGCGGUUGAUGAGUUGGAUGAGAGAUUUCAGAGUCCUUUUUCAGUUCAUUCGUUCUAUGGCUCGGACACGGGCCUGGACACAGAGAAGAAAGACGGAACAUCAGCUAGAGAAGUAUUAGAACCAAAGCCUGCAGCUACAAUCAGUGCCAUCUCCAACACCGGAAGGGAAGCCUCACCCCCAUCAAUCUCGCAGCCACAGCCACAACCUCAAAGCAAACCGUCGUGGCUUGAUCCUUCAUGGGCACAGAAAAUGGUUCAGACUACUGCUGACAAGCCUAUCGACCGUGGCCAAAGCUCCCGAGCCCCAUUGCAACCCAACUCCGAGUCUCGCUAUGAGGCUGGCAUACGACAUAGUCCACCACCGAUUCCUCGAAUACCUAUUCGGGACCAUUAUCCUAACCCAGCGUCCCGCCCUUCUGACUAUUCAGCUCGAGAAGAAUUUUACCGAGGAAGGGAACGCAUGUUCGAGCCCAACUACAGGCGGGAAUCUCCUUUUGGCUCGACGGACAGGUAUAUGUCGCCACGCAACGCUAGACAUCCUUUUGCCCCGCCACAAGGAGAUGUGCCGCCCCGGCCGUCAAGUUACGACUAUGCAUGGUACUGA